AAGGAGAAUAAGACGCAAGUAGAGACUUCAUCCGCUAGCUUUUGCAAAGCCGAGAACUCAGUUGAAACGGCCUUGUGUCAAGACACCUUUCUUUGUCGCCAUUCUUGUCAGUACCAUGCGCAUAGCUAGUGACAUAUGAUAGUAUUGACUUCUGCAAUUGAGUCCACCACACGGUAGACGAGCAUGGACCUGUUGUCGGCCGCCAACGCGGCUGGUGUUGACAUUGGUGCUGAUAUUGAUAUGAAAGCAAGAGAAAGACAAGGGCCCCCUGGUCCGGGUGGUCACGGCCCUGGCGCGGCAGGGUUUGCCGCUGGCUGUGACGACCCCGCCGUGUUCGAGCUGCCCUCCGUGGACGACCUGGAGGUGGCGGCGGCCGCAGCGGCAGCCGCACUGGAGGUCCUGGCGCCAGCACAGAUGCGGCCCGUCGACAGCAGCGAAGACAGCUCGGAUGACAGCAGCAGUGAUGAGGACAGUGACUCGGAUGAGGACACUGGUGACAGCGCGGAGGACAGCAGUGAGGAAGGAGGCGAUGCGCCGCCUGGUGGCCGGACUAAGGAGGGCGUGUCGCUACAGCUGCAGGUGGACGACGCAAGCGGGCGGGUGGCGGUGAGGCUGGUGGCCAGCGAGGAGGCGGGCGACGUAGAGAUGCGGGAGGCGGAGACCGAUAGCAGUCCGCUCACCAGCAGUAGCAGCAGCGACGACGAGGAGGAGGCUGCGGCGGCCACCAGUCGCAUGGUGGAUGACGAGGAGCUCGAGGCUCUGGACCAUGACGGCCUGCGCGAUCUCAUCACGCGGGCCUACGCGGUGGCGGACGCAGAGGACGGCGACGACGAGGAGGGCGGCGGAGGCGGGGGCGGGGGCGGCCGCAGCGCCCUGCAGGACCUGGGCCUGCCCACUGAGGCGCCGGAGCUGGGCGCUGACGUGGUGGUGACCUCCGAGGACGCCAUGGAGCCGGCCGGCACCUGCCUGAGUGUGCUGGAGGGCAUGGUGGUGAUGCAGGGACUGCCCAACAGCAGGCCGCUUGCAGACGGGAGUGUGGUGGUGGCUGAGGAUCGCACGGCGCUAGGUGUGGUGGAGGAGGUGUUUGGGCCAGUGUCACAGCCGCUGUACGCGUUCAGGCACGUGGUCAAGGGCCCCCUGCCCGACUGCGUCAAGCCCGGGGCGGCUCUGUUUGUGGUUCCGCGCCUAGCCAAGCACAUCACUGCAGAUGAACUUUACGGCGGUGGCAGGUCGGGCCGCGGCGCCGACCCCGAGCCCGCCUCCGACGACGAGGUGUACUUCAGUGACGACGAGGCGGAGCAGCACUACUUGAGACAGCAAGUGUCAAAACGCAAGGGCGGGCCAGAGGGAGGCCAGGCUGGUGGUGUGGCGGCGGAGGGCGCAGCAGCUGCUGGUGGCGGCCGGCCUCGGCAAAGGACCAAGGCAGCCGGCCGAGGCGGCGGCACCCAGGGCCCGGGCACCUCCUUCCAGGUGGCGGCCACUGCGGGGGCCAUGGGUGCCCUGCUAGGGCUGGGGGGCGAAGACCGUGGGCAGGGAAGCCGCGGUGGCGGAAGACACGGGCAAGGUCGUGGCCGCGGCGGUCGGGGAGGCGGUGGCAGCGGUGGCGGCCGGGGAGACCAUGAUAGUGGCCGACACGGCCACCAACACCACCAGAGCGGCCGUGGCGGUGGUGCGCAGGGUGGUGGAGGCGGGGGCGGUGCUGCCGGCGGUGGGGGCGGGGGCGGCAACUGGAUGCGGCCGCUCAAGGACAACGCGCCGCCGGCUGGGCCCAGUGGCAACGGCCCGGACCCUUACGGAGGCGGCCACUGGCAGCAACCUUCGUAUGGUGGACCCCCGCCGCCGGCCCACCAUCAGCAGGCGCCGCAGCAGUACGGCGCUCCUCCGCCGCACGGGCCGCCCUAUGGCCACCAACCCUACGGAGGCAGUCAGCAGUACGCCCCGCCGCCGCCCAGCUACGGCCACCAGCAGCAGCACCCCGGCUACCCGCCCCAGCAUGCUCCGCCCGGCGGCACCCACCCAGCGCCCCACUACGGCACUGGCUACGGGGCGCCUCCGCCCGGCGCACUGGGAGGGCCUGCGGGACCAGGGGGGCCUGGCGGCUACUACGGAGGUCCAGGCGGCGGCCCGCCUCAGCGCCCGCCGCCACCGCACUACCCCGCAGGUGGGCCACCGCUAGGGCCGCAGUAUGGAGCCCCGCCACCCGGCCAGGGCUACUACCAGCGCCCGCCGCCGCCGCACCAGGGGCCCUACAACGGACCGCCACGCUACUGAGGUGUAGCUCCAGCGGGCAGGCUUUAUAUGAGCAAGCAGUAGUCCCUUUAGUUUUUGGUUCAAGUGGCGCUGAUGCUGGGCACGGUUGCCACGCUUAGCAAGGACACACGCCUUAGCUGACAUGUAUUCUGUAAGGCCUGCAUGCAUGUGGCCUGGCGAUUCUAUAAAUGGGAAUGCUUUGGACUGGCAGGGACUGGAACCUGGGUUGCAUACCUCGCUGGACUAGGCGUAGACCAUACAAACGGUAUCAUUGUGAAGGAGUGCGCUGAUGGCAAGUGCCUCGGAGGUUCAGGUAACCCCCGGUUGGUCGGCUAGUGAGUCAGGGACUGCCUGUAAUACUCACUAACUCCCUGCUGGCAACGGCUGUAAACAUCAAAGCGC